CCCGGCCGAGCGUCCGCCGCCCGCAGCCCGAGCCGCACCCGCCGCGGACGGAGCCCAUGCGCCGGGCGAGCGGCACCCCCCGGCCCCGGCCCGCGCCCCCGCCCCUGCCCUGGCCUCAGGGGCAGUCGCGCCCGUGAGCGGUGGGACAGGAGACCACUGAAGUGCCUCCUGCCGCAGCCCCUUGAGGAGCGAUGACGGAAUAUAAGCUCGUGGUGGUGGGUGCUGGAGGCGUGGGGAAGAGUGCCUUGACCAUCCAGCUCAUCCAGAACCACUUUGUGGAUGAGUAUGACCCCACCAUUGAGGACUCAUACCGGAAGCAAGUGGUCAUUGAUGGGGAGACGUGCCUGCUGGACAUACUGGACACAGCAGGCCAGGAGGAGUACAGUGCUAUGCGGGACCAGUACAUGCGCACUGGGGAGGGCUUCCUUUGUGUAUUUGCCAUCAACAACACCAAGUCCUUCGAGGACAUCCACCAGUACAGGGAGCAGAUCAAGCGGGUGAAGGACUCAGAUGACGUGCCCAUGGUGCUGGUAGGGAACAAGUGUGACCUGGCGGCGCGCACUGUGGAGUCUCGGCAGGCGCAGGACCUUGCCCGCAGCUAUGGCAUCCCAUACAUCGAGACGUCGGCCAAGACGCGCCAGGGCAGCCGCUCUGGCUCUGGCUCCGGCUUCAGCUCCGGGACCCCCGUGACCCACCAGCCCCUCCCGCUGGCGUGGAGGAUGCCUUUUACACCCUGGUGCGAGAGAUCCGGCAGCACAAGGUGCGCAAGCUGAGCCCCCCCGACGAGGGCGGCCCGGGCUGCAUGAGCUGCAAGUGCCUGCUCUCCUGACGGCGACGCCGCUGCGUCCACUUGGACGUCCCUGCUGGUCCUUUGUGCCCACCCGGCACAGAUGCAGGGCCCAGAGGUGCCGGAUGUGGGGAGGAGGUGCAGAUGGAGGAAGGAGGGGGGAAGGAAGGAAGGAAGGAAGUGCUGCUGGAGCCCGGCCAGCCCAGGGUCGGUGGACAGAGUGACCGCAGACCUCCCAGGACGUUUUGCACAGACUGUCUUGAACUGACCCCCCUGCACCCCUGCUGUGCUCUCCUCCCGCCCCCUCCUGGCCCGGUGGGCACAGGUCGUUGCAGUAAAUUAUUUGAUGGUCUUGA